UCCAGAUUGAAUAAUAACAUGGCCGUUAGUAACAUUAUGAACAGAAAAUAAAUUAAUAAGUAGUAAGUUCCUACGAAACAGAUAAACUACACAUGAAGUACAUUAUCAUCCCUGCUAAACACUUAACUUAUAUGCUCUUUGAAACUCUCACUUGCUUCGUACCUACUUACUUAUUAAGAAGUUAGAAUACAAAAGUUGUGCUCACUUUUCAGUUCUGUUCCACAUCCACACAAAUAAAAAUAAUACUUUCUGGUUAUUGUGGAAAAAUCAUUCCACACACAAUGCAUGUAUUUUUCUUAAUUGCUAAACCAGCUCUUGAACGUCUGACUGAAAUAGUAACCACUGAGGUGAAUCCGAAAAAACACAGUGCUACAUGAAUUCCGUAGAAAAUUUAUUUUCAGUCUUGCUUGUGAUGUCGAUGUUCGUGUGUGGUGUAUAAGGGCACUAAUCCGAUAGUUCGAAUUCUAACUACCUGUUUAGUUUUUUUUUUGUUAGUAACAAACAUAAACAAAUUAAUUUAGAUAUUCAGUCAAUACAACACAAGGUCUUAAUUUUUAAACUUUAUAAGACUUGCUGAUAUAGCGUGCAUCAACUUUGGUUGACAAAUAAAAAGAUUUAUCUCUUGUUUUCUCUCGUUAUUUUAAUUUUUGUAUCAACCUAAUAUCUUUAUUUUUAAUCAAUGUCUAGUAAUACAUAUAUAAAAGUGAUUGUACUUUAUACAAUUUUCAAGUGAUUAUUUUUGAUUGAGUGAUUGGGCAUUAUUAAUAAAAAUAAUAACCCAUUUGUAAACAAGAGUGCUCUAUUUAGGUAACCAUAGUAUCCUGUUCUACUUCUAGUUCAAUUCUAAUUAUAUUUGGAUUACACAUUACACCAAUUUAAUUUUCUUAGAAGGGAGUAAACAGAAUACAGUCCCUUUAAAAUCCUUCUACGAUAAAGAUGCCGGCAGAAACAAAAUCUGCUUCCGCUGGAACGGAGACAGAGACCCCUAUAAUGAAAAAGUCUGGAUCUGUUUCCACAUCAAAAGCUGCUUCAGCGCGCGUGACUCUACUUGAUGGUUCUAUCUUAGAUGUUACAAUUGAUCGUAAAGCUAAAGGACGAGAUUUACUCAAUUCUAUUUGUGCGGGCUUGAAUAUCUUAGAGAAAGAUUAUUUUGGAUUAAUAUACCAAAUCGCAACUGAUGAUCGUGUUUGGUUAGACCUAGAGAGGCCGGUGGCUAAAAUUUUUCGUACUGAUCCAUGGGUGCUACAAUUUGCUGUAAAAUUCUAUCCUCCGGAACCAGCUCAACUACAAGAAGAUAUUACCAGAUACCAACUUUGUCUUCAAAUUCGAAAUGACAUAUUAGAAGAACGUCUACCAUGUACAUUUGUUACCCACGCACUUUUAGGUUCUUAUCUUGUUCAAUCUGAGAUGGGUGACUACGAUCCAAAAGAAAUGCCGGAUAGAGGUUACUUAAAGGAUUUUAAAAUUGCACCCAACCAGAACUCCGAGUUAGAACAAAAAGUAAUGGAUUUGCAUAAAACUCAUAAAGGGCAGUCACCAGCCGAAGCAGAACUGCAUUACUUAGAAAAUGCAAAGAAACUUGCUAUGUACGGUGUAGAUUUGCACCCUGCUAAAGAUUCUGAAGGUGUUGACAUCAUGUUGGGUGUUUGCGCAUCUGGAUUGCUUGUUUAUCGCGAUAAAUUACGAAUAAAUCGAUUUGCUUGGCCAAAGAUUUUGAAAAUAUCUUACAAACGUCACAAUUUUUACAUCAAAAUCCGUCCAGGUGAUUUCGAACAGUAUGAGUCAACUAUUGGCUUUAAGUUAGCCAGUCACAGAGCCGCAAAAAAACUAUGGAAGUCAUGUGUUGAGCACCAUACAUUUUUCCGUCUAAUGGCACCAGAAAAACCUUCGAAAUCAAGUCUGUUCCCAAGAUUUGGAUCUAAGUUCCGUUACUCUGGUCGAACUAUGUACGAAACUAGGAAAAAUCCUGUAGAGCGCACAGCCCCAAAGUUUGAUCGAAGCUUAUCGGGACGUCGUUUAACUAGUAGAAGCAUGGAUGCCUUAGCCUUAGCUGAAAAAGAACGUGAAAAAUAUGCCCAAAAGCGUCACACUAUGGGACAUCCACCAGAUCACAUUCCAGAUUUAGAUCCACCUCGCAACCGUAGUCCACUGAAAAAGGAUAACAAAGAAAAGUUGAAACGUGAAUCAAGCACUGGUACAGCUUCUGCUUCGUCACAGAGUUCAAUUGAAGGAGAUUACGAGACGGGUGCCGAUUACAUUAUCGACGAGCAGGUACGUCCUACUGAUUCUGAAAAAGAAAAUCGUGACAGAAAAUCUAAGGAAGAUAAGGACCAGAAGGGUGGAAAACUCAAUGAUGAAGCCAAUGGUAAUGAUGUUUUAAAUGAUUCCCACCAAUCGGAUAAGUCUUCAGGAAGAGGACGAGGACUUUAUCUUUUCUCUGGAGGUCGAAAAUCUCCAAAGGAAAAGUCACUAAAAGAAAAGGAACAAUCACCUUCACCAACAAAAGAAUUGAAAGACAAAUUCGGUAAAUCAGGUACAGAAAAAAUGGGUGUCGGCGUUCUAGCUACCUCACCAGACAAUGCAGAUAAGGGUCAAUCGGGUUAUACCAGGCCGUAUGAAUAUUCUGAAAAGGAUGAGGGUACCAGUCCAACGCGGAAGUCGUACAUCCCUGGUGGAUUCCGUUACGACCAAGAUCCGAAAUCCAACAAAGGCUACGACGGAAGCGAACAGCUCUCACCAGGAUCCCAACAGAAGAAAGUUGGACUUGCUUUCAAUUAUGCUCCUGGAAAUGAGGAACAACUUAAGCAACAUGCUCAAAAGCUUAAAAAAGGUGAAUUAUCACCCAAAACACGUGACAAGUUGAAUAAAGGUCAAUUGUCUCCAAAGACAAAAGAAAAACUACUAAAGGAAGCUAAUCUGUCACCCAAUACUAAAGCUAAAUUACUUGCCACUGCAGAAAAUAUUGCUCCAUUGGAAACUCAAGGCAGAUCUUAUUCACCAAGCGAGGGCAGAUAUACGUCGGGAGCUCCGGGAAGUUAUAAACCGAUAAUUGAUCCGACAGCUGCUUUUUUGGAUGCUGAACGAUAUUCUAAAGAGAAACCAAGUUCUGUUUUACAUCAAACAGAUAAAGGGUCUCCAAGGUCUAGAGGGAAGAGAGUUAAGAUAAUGGUAAUCACAUCUAAAAUUGACCCAUCUACCAAGAGAAUUGAUAUUGAAAAUGGUCAAAUUGAACACUCAAGUGGAAUUUUGAACCCAGAAACAGGUUGCAUUGAGUCAAAAUAUGGCUUAAUUGAUCCUAAAAAAGCAGCCCUUCGUGCUUUGAACACUAAAACCGGAAAAAUUGAGGAAUACCAAGGCGAAAUCGACCAAAAGACUGGAUAUAUACAUCUUUUAAAAGGAGUUUCUGAUCCCAAAACCGGCCGCGUUGAUGACUCCUUGGGUCAAAUUAUUUGUGUUACACAUCAAGACAACCCCGUUGUUGAGCUUACCGCGAUUACUAGUCGAAUCGAUCCAGUAACAAAAAAAAUCGACAGUGUCAAUGGUGAAGUAGAACGUUCUUUAGGUGUUUUGAACUUAGAAACCUGUAUCUUGGAUACAAAAUAUGGUGAGAUUAAUCCAAAAACGGGUGAACUAAAAACAGUUGAUCAUAAAACACGAAAAUUAGUUUCGUCAAAAAAUGUCGUAAUUGAUCAUUCAAAUGGUCAAAUAACCAUUUUAGGAGUAAUAGAUCCAAAAUCUGGAAAUAUCGACACAAAUAUUGGUCGUUUAAUUGAAAUCGGUUCACAGAUUGACCCUGUUGUGGAAGUCACUUGCUUGUCUGGUAAAUAUGAUACAAAGAAAGGCAUAAUUGAACCCAAAACGGCACAAGUGGAAACUUCUAAGGGACAAUUUGACCCAAAAGCCGGAAAAGUUGAUACAAAAUACGGUCAGAUUAACCUUGUUAGGCACACAAUCACAUAUAUCGAUACUAAAACAGGCAAACCAUUGACAAAGGAUGUCAAAAUAGAUGCAACUACAGGUCAAAUUGUUCUUAAGAACCAAGUUAAUCCUAAAACAAACAAGCUUGAUAAGGACUAUGCUCGCAUCCUCUCCUUGCGCAUCGUUCAGCAUCGUAUUGACCCCAAAACUCAACAACCAAUUAACGAUGAGCGUGAUGAAAAAGACAUCAUUAUUGAUCCUAAAACAAAUCAAAUUUGGGUGCCAACUGGUAUCAAAGACCCAAAUACUAAUGAAUUACAGUAUACUUCAAGUAAUAUUGACCCAGUGAAUGGUUACGUUAUUACAAUCUACGGGUAUUUAGAUCUAAAAGCAAAUGAGAUUAAGCAGCAAACUAAAUUAGACCCAAACUUAAUUAAAAUUGAACCAAGCACUGGUAAAAUAUUCACUGCCACUGGUGAGGUUGACUAUCAAACCGGUGAACCCUUAUACGCUGCGAGCCAAGUUGACCCCGCGAGUGGCGAAACUUAUACUAAAGUCGGGCGGUUCGAUCCGAAGACUGGAAAAAUUAUUAUUGUAAAAAUAUUCUUAAUUUCAAAGACAGACGGCAACGGCCGUCCUGAAGAAUUUGAUCCACAAUCGGUUGAAAUUGAUCCCAAAACCGGGCGUAUUUUAAAAUUCUCUAAUAGAACUGUUUAUGUUUAUAAUAUGAUUGAUCCAAUAACUGGUGAAAUUAUUCAGGUUGAUCCGAACGAUCCACGCAUAGCUGGAGCACGUACUACCGUCACGCAUACCAUGACUCUAUCAGGAGAAAUCGAUCCAGUAACUGGUCGCAUUAAGAGCGAAUACGGGCAUAUUGAUCCACAGACCGGUGACAUCGACCCGGAUACUGCCAUCAUUGAUCCAGUGACGGGAAAACUUAUCCUUAACUAUGCACAAAUUGAUCCCACUCACUUUGGUAAGGACGUAGAAGUAAGCACUACCACGGAAUCUGUCCCAAUUACCCGUCAGGAGUUUUUCGAUGGAAUCAAGCAUAUGGGUAAAAAUUCUUUGCGCCGAGACUCUGAAGCAAGUAGUGAUGACGACAUGACAAAACAAUAUGAGUCAGAAAAUAUUAAAGAUAUGCAACCAGGAACAGCAAUGGGUGGCAGCAAUAAAUUAGGAAAGUAUGUUAGCACACCAACUGUAGUGAAAACAACGACAAAACAGGUGCUGACUAAGAACGAAGAUGGUGUUACCCAUAACGUUGAAGAGGAAGUCAGAAAUUUAGGUACCGGAGAAGUAACGUUCUCAACACAGGAACAUAAGGCCGAUACACCAAGAGAUGAUUUGAGCGGUGCUUAUGUAACAGCCACAGCGGUUACCACACGAACUGCCACCACUCACGAAGACCUGGGUAAGAAAGCGAAAACCGAACAACUCGAAGAAAAAACUGUUUCAACUACCCGCACUCACGAUCCAAAUAAACAAGAACAAAGAGUUGUAACACAGGAAGUAAAGACCACUGCAACAGUUACAAGUGGCGAUCAGUUUCAAAGAAGAGACAGUAUUUCAUCAACAAGUUCUGGUGAUUCAGGUACUCCAAUUGAUGCGCCUUAUGAUGGUAAUGUGGUAAAAUCGACAACAGUUUAUCAGCAAUCCCCAACAAGCCCCGGACCAAAUUUUGAACAAACUCGAGUUGUUUUAGGAGAAGAAACUCCCGGUUAUUCAGGUCAUGGAGAAAUUGUAUCCUCACAAACAGUAAGCAGCAAAACGAGAACUGUUGAGACUAUUACAUAUAAAACCGAACGAGAUGGAAUUGUUGAAACAAGAGUUGAACAAAAGAUAACAAUUCAGUCAGAUGGCGAUCCGAUUGACCAUGAUAAAGCUUUAGCUGAGGCAAUUCAGGAAGCUACAGCUAUGAACCCGGAUAUGACGGUCGAAAAAAUCGAAAUACAACAGCAAACACAAUAAAAUAAUAAAAUUAAAAUAUUAUUUCUAAAAGAAUUUUUUGAAGUUUUACCUUAUUAAACGUAUUUUUUAUUAAAUAUAAAAUUCAUACAGAUGAAUGUUUAAUUUACAAUAAAAGUAUAAUAAUAAAAA